CGGCCGCCCCUCCCCCGCCCGCGCCCCCGCCGGGGGGGAGGGGCGCGCGGAGUGGGACUCUUUCCGUUUGGUCCAGCCCCGUCGUGCACGCAGUUCCCAACACUUCUCGUCAUCCUGUCUUUGGUCUCUUUAUUCUGCUGAGCGGUGCUGUUAGGAUUUCUUUUUUUUUCCCCCUGACCACGUUCGCUAUGGUGGGUAGCAGCAAGGUGGCACUGUUAGGGGAGGGGUUGGUAUCUAGAUUUGGGCACCGGGGGAAGAAUGUCUCCUUUCAACUUUGUCUGGCUUGCACCCCCAGAGAAGGCCACACGCCGGUUGUGGGGUGCAGAUGUGCCGAGAGUGAUUUCUAAGUAGUUGAGUUGUUGAGAUGAGGAUACGGCUGCUAAUGGUAGGCAGGUUUUGUUUUCAUUGGUGAAUCUAGUGUCAUCAUAUUCUGGUCAUAUGUUGAAAUAUUCUUUGUUUAGGUCUUGAAGUAGGGAGUCUCACUCUGCACGUCCACAUUGUGUUGUUUUUAAAUGUCUCUGCAUGUAUGCCUUUCUAGAAUAUCAAACGUGAGUUAAGGUCCGGGCCUGUGUGGGCCUCGGCACUGGCCUUGACAGUGAACUUUGUGGCUGUGUUUUGGAUUUCAAAGAUUUGCCCUAUAGUGGGGGAGCGAGCUGUUCAUUUUUGUUAAUAGUGUUAGGAAUGUAGAUGCUUUAGCUGGGGACUUUAGAGAAGGAAGAACAUUUAUAUAUUAAUAAUUGAUAGCUGAAUAUUAGAAUCAGAUUAAUUUGGGCUGAUGAAAGUUUUUUUUUUAAAGCAGUGUGCACUCUAGGAAGGAAGCGUUUUCAUAGGCAUACUUUAUAGGGGUUCUUUAGGGCAGGGAGCUGAAAUAUCUCCUUUUAUAGAGGAUACUCAUCAACAUCUGUUGUUUCAUUGAGGGCCUGGUAAAAGGAUUGAAAUUGGGGCUAAGACAUCUAAGUGUACUUUUCAGUGUUUUAUGUUGUUUGUUUACAUUUGGUGUUCACUCAUGUUUGGUCAGAAGAAAUAAAUAGGUCAGCUUUUCUUUUGGUUUUGAAGACUAGCCCCUCCCCCCCUUUUUAAGUUUCACAAUCUACUUGGUUUCACGGUAUUGUAGGAGACUGUUACUCCAUUUUUACUGGAAAUACUAUUAUGCAUUUUGAUUUUGGUAAGUUCCUGCCUGUUCCCUUUUUCUGGCUCCACUUGUAUAUGGAUCUGCAUCAUGGACUUAAAGUGAGCUGUAGGUGCUAUUUAAAAUGUCUGAAGAAUGUAUUUUAAAAUCCCAGGACAUACCUUUUGAUGGCAAAGAGGACAUUUUUAUGUGUACCCAAUGUUUAUAAAAAUAUUUUUGUAUUGAAAACUUAUGUAGAUGUACAACUAUCUUUGUUUAUAAAAAAUUUCUGUACUUAAAACUUCUGUAGAUGUACAGCUACCCUUAAGUGAAGAGCAUGGUAAUAGUGCAGCAAAUUCUCAAAACGCAAACUUCUGGCUAACAUGUUACAAAUAUUUGAGGUGCUCUUCUUUAUGUCAGGCGUUUGCUUUGGUUAACAUAAUAGUAUUUGCAGUAUGACUGGCAUUGUUUGGCUGGUCGUAAUCGUCUUUUGCUUGAGUGCUUUUGAUGACUUUUUAACACUUUUUAGAUAAUUUUACAAGCUUUCUUUAAGCAUUUUGCACUUUGGACUCAGGCAGGUCUUUAUGGAACUGGAAUAGUAAUAGGUUAAAAUGACUCCUACCUAUGCCAAAUUUUACUUUUAAGAGGUGUAAGUGAUGGACGGGGCCCUAUUUCUUUUAGCUUUGAAGGGUCCAUCCUUUUUCCCAUUCAAUCAUCUGGAAGGAGCUGCCUCAGAAAUAUUCUUCUUCUGCUUACAUGAAGAGCUCUAAAUGCUAUCCAGCAGGAGGUGCUACAGCAAGAUAAAGCAAAUCUCUGAAUUUUGAGGGUCUUGCUACUUACGACAGCUCCACUUAGCUUCAACUAAGCAACAGGAUUAACACCCUAAAGUUCCAGAAAGAUUUUGAGGAACAAGAGUGCUGAAGGAGGGCCAGUUUCCCCCAAAUCGCUGCAGUGAGAAGAGGAGUUUGUUAUUUUAAACGGAGGCUGAAGAAACUGUAGAAUUAGACAUAAGAGAAAGUGGAGAAGGUAGAGGAUGGAGUUGCAGACUCUACAGGAAGCUCUUAAAGUGGAAAUUCAGGUUCACCAGAAACUGGUUGCUCAAAUGAAGCAGGAUCCACAGAAUGCUGAUUUAAAGAAACAGCUUCAUGAGCUCCAAGCCAAAAUCACAGCUUUGAGUGAGAAACAGAAACGAGUAGUUGAACAGCUACGGAAGAACCUGAUGGUAAAGCAAGAACAACCAGACAAGUUCCAAAUACAGCCAUUGCCACAAUCUGAAAACAAACUACAAACAGCACAGCAGCAACCACUACAGCAGCUACAGCAGCAGCAGCAGUACCACCACCACCACGCCCAGUCGGCUGCACCCUCUCCCAGUCUGACCGCGUCCCAGAAGACUGUAACUACAGCUUCUAUGAUUACCACAAAGACACUACCUCUCGUCUUGAAAGCAGCAACUGCGACCAUGCCUGCCUCUGUUGUGGGCCAGAGACCUACCAUUGCUAUGGUGACCGCCAUCAACAGUCAGAAGGCUGUGCUCAGCACUGAUGUGCAGAACACACCAGUCAACCUGCAGACGUCUAGUAAGGUCACUGGGCCUGGGGCAGAGGCUGUCCAAAUUGUGGCAAAAAACACAGUCACUCUGCAGGUUCAGGCAACACCUCCUCAGCCCAUCAAAGUACCACAGUUUAUCCCUCCUCCCAGACUCACUCCGCGUCCGAACUUUCUUCCCCAGGUUCGACCCAAGCCUGUGGCCCAGAAUAACAUUCCUAUUGCCCCAGCACCUCCUCCCAUGCUUGCAGCUCCUCAACUUAUCCAGAGGCCUGUUAUGCUGACCAAGUUUACCCCCACGACCCUCCCUACCUCCCAGAAUUCCAUCCACCCCGUCCGUGUCGUCAAUGGGCAGACUGCAACCAUAGCCAAAACGUUCCCCAUGGCCCAGCUCACCAGCAUUGUGAUAGCUACUCCAGGGACCAGACUCGCUGGACCUCAAACUGUACAGCUUAGCAAGCCAAGCCUUGAAAAACAGACAAUUAAAUCUCACACAGAAGCAGAUGAGAAACAAGCAGAGAGCCGCACCGUCACCCCCCCUGCCGCGCCCAAACCCAAACGGGAGGAGAACCCGCAGAAACUUGCCUUCAUGGUGUCUCUAGGGUUGGUAACACAUGACCAUCUAGAAGAAAUCCAAAGCAAGAGGCAAGAGCGGAAAAGGAGGACAACGGCGAACCCCGUGUACAGCGGAGCGGUCUUUGAGCCCGAGCGUAAGAAGAGUGCAGUCACAUACCUGAAUAGUACAAUGCAUCCUGGGACCCGGAAGAGAGGUCGUCCUCCAAAAUACAAUGCAGUGCUGGGGUUUGGAGCCCUUACCCCAACAUCCCCCCCAUCCAGUCAUCCUGACUCCCCUGAAAAUGAAAAGACAGAGACCACAUUCACUUUCCCUGCACCUGUCCAGCCUGUGUCCCUGCCCAGCCCCACCUCCACAGACGGCGAUAUCCACGAGGACUUCUGCAGCGUUUGCAGAAAAAGCGGCCAGUUGCUGAUGUGCGACACUUGCUCCCGUGUGUACCAUCUGGACUGCUUAGACCCGCCCCUGAAGACGAUCCCCAAGGGCAUGUGGAUCUGUCCCCGAUGCCAGGACCAGAUGCUGAAGAAGGAAGAAGCAAUUCCGUGGCCCGGAACUUUAGCAAUCGUUCAUUCCUAUAUCGCCUACAAAGCAGCAAAAGAAGAAGAGAAACAGAAGUUACUUAAAUGGAGUUCAGAUUUAAAACAAGAAAGAGAACAACUAGAGCAGAAGGUGAAACAGCUCAGCAAUUCCAUAAGUAAAUGCAUGGAAAUGAAGAACAGCAUCCUGGCCCGACAGAAGGAGAUGCACAGCUCCCUGGAGAAGGUAAAACAGCUGAUCCGCCUCAUCCAUGGCAUCGACCUCUCCAGACCUGUAGACUCUGAGGCCACUGUGGGGGCCAUCUCCAACGGCCCGGACUGCACCCCCCCUGCCAGUGCUGCCACCUCCACGCCGGCCCCCUCCCCCUCCUCUCAGAGCUGCACAGCGAACUGUAAUCAGGGGGAAGAGACUAAAUAACAGAGCCCUGCUAGGAGAAGCCACGGGAUCCCGGCGGCGAGGAGAGAAAAACACUGAAGACUCUAGAAAAGCAAAGCCGGAUUUCUUCUGGAAAGUACGGAAUUCUUUUGGUUCUUUGGUUCCAGAGAGAGAGAAGAUGCUUGUGCCAGGUGGCACCAGAGUUUGCCAAUUGAUCCUUCUUAUUCUGUGUGUACAUGCAAAGAUUGGACCAUGUUACAUGAAAUAGUGCCAGCUGGAGGUUUUUUGCCAGCACCAUGCCAAGUGAAAUAAUAUAUUUACUCUCUCUAUUAUACACCAGUGUGUGCCUGCAGCAGCCUCCACAGCCACCGUGGGUUUGUUUUUGCUUCGUUGGGCGGGGAGCAGGGACGGGCGGAGGGAGGAGAGCAGGUUUCAGAUCCUUGUUUGCCGAGCCGUUCGUUUAGGUAGAGAAGACAAGUCCAAAGAGUGUGUGGGCUUUUCCUGUUUCUAAACUUUCACUACUAUAAAACCAAAAAAAGAAAAUCGAGAUUUAACCAACCCCAGUGCCCGGAGGAGGGUGGGGAGGGGAGGGGAGGGAGCCGGGGUGGGAAAAGUAUAUCAAACAAGCAGUAUUUCUCCUUGUCUGUGGCGGCCCCAGCGUGCAGAGAGGGGGGCACCGAGGACCGCGGCCGGUCCUUCUCCCGAGCACCCGCCGCCCCCCAGGUUCCCCGCUUGGGCAGAUCGGCGCACAUCCGUGGGCGAUGGGUUCCUUCCCUCCCUGAGAACAAGCAGAGCCCGGCCCGUGGCCCCUGCCCAGGGCGGGGAAGAAGAAGGGUGUGUCGAGGAAGGAAAAAAGGUGGAUCGGUGAUUUUACUUGAAAACAAGCUCCAUCCCUUUUCUAUAUUUAUAAGAAGGAAGAUCCCGAGCGAAGCAGCACGCGACCCGGGUGUGUGUGAACUGAAUGGAGACAUUUCUUUCUUUUUUCUUUUUUCCCAAUUUUUGUUUUUGUUCUUUUUUCCUUUCAAAACAAAAGUUUUAUUUUGUCGUCUAUUUUACUUUUUUGGUAACAAAAACUAAAAUAAGGAAUAGCAAAGCUGUUUUUCAGGCUGACAGUCCAAUUAAGGUAGUCGAGACCUUGCAUGGUAGAAUAGGAGCCAUAGUGUCAGUGAGGUCCAGUGAGUCCGUGUGAGUCCUUGUGUCAUCGUUCGGGGCACUGUUUUUUUUUUAUGCAAGGGCAAAAUCUUUGUAUCUGGGGAAAAAACAACAACAACUUUUUUUUUAAUUAAAAAAGAAAAAUAAAAGAUAUUGAGGUCUUCCUAGUGUUACUUAAAUUAAGAUCAAGGUAAGAAACAUUGUAAAAAAAAAUUACAAAAGUGCUAUUUGUUUCCUAAAAACAGUGAUUUCUAUUAAAAAGGUGUCAGAACUGGAGAAAA